GAGAAAAUGCCAACCCACAUUGCAAUUUUGGUGCUUCCACAAACCAUGGAGUUGGUUUUUGCUCUCUCUCUCUCUCUCUAGUUUUAUUAUUCUUAGCAAAAUGUGGUCCUCAUCAGCUAUUCAAAAAGGUUCUCCUUAAUUGGUGCCUUUGGGAUAUAUUGCCUGCAUGUGUAUUCUGUGUUCCAUUCUGCUGCUUUUUACUCGGAGUUGUUCUCGGUCUACCCUUUAUGAUCCCCGCCUGAUUCCGGAGAACCUGUAGCUCUGUAAUGGGGUUUACAUGGGUUCUGCGGAUUCAGAAGGUGAUGUGGACACUGAGUAGCAUUGUUCUUCAAACACCAGGAGAAGAUUGAUUUCGUUUGCAGAGGUUGCCACAACCAGAAAAUGAUUAUAGGAAUUGGAGGAAUAGAACCCAGGCUUAACAUGUUCACAGUUUUUGAAAUGUUCUAAAUUAUCUGUUCCUGGUGGAUAUAAAAAUGCUAUAUUGGAUGUAGCAGAGUAUCUGUUGAUCUUUUAUUACCAAAAAAGUAUCUGUUGGUCUGGGUUUUCAAUGGAAUAGAGAUUCUGGUAUCUAGAGAUAAAAAAAAAAUUAGCAGAGGGUAGUAAUUCUUCUCUGCAAUUGAGACGAUGGAGACGCCACAGACGCCACGGACACCACAGACACCACGCAGGAAGAAGAUGACGAAACAAUUGACUGGGAAACGUGAGGAUUCUCCCUUGCAUUCGGCAGCUAGGGCGGGGAACCUAUCCGUGGUUAUUGAAAUUCUCACUGGGACCGAAGAGGAAGCCCUGAAAGAAUUGUUGUUGAAACAGAACCAAUCAGGAGAAACAGCCCUUUAUGUGGCCGCUGAAUAUGGUUAUGUUGAUGUGGUGGUGGAGAUGAUCAAGUACUAUGAUAUUGUAUCUGCAAGCAUUAAAGCCAGGAAUGGCUAUGAUGCAUUUCUCGUCGCAGCCAAGCAAGGGGACCUGGAGGUUGUGAGGGUGCUGUUGGAGGCCCUACCAGAGAUAUCUAUGACUGUUGAUCCAUCAAAUACCACAGCUUUGCAUACAGCUGCAGCACAAGGCCACAUUGAGAUGGUAAAUUUCCUCAUGGAGGAAGGUAGCAAUCUAGCCACCAUAGCAAAAAGCAAUGGGAAAACCGCCCUGCAUUCUGCGGCAAGGAAUGGGCAUUUGGAGGUCGUGAAGGCGCUACUAAGCAAAGAACCUGGGAUUCUUGGAAGGAAUGACAAGAAGGGCCAAACAGCCCUCCAUAUGGCAGUGAAAGGAGUUAAAAUUGAGGUGGUGGAGGAGCUUAUCAAGACAGACCCUUCUUUGAUUAACAUGGGUGACAACAAGGGCAACACAGCAUUGCACGUAGCAUCCAGGAAGGGUCGGUCUCAGAUUGUGAGGGAGCUACUAAACUACAAUGUGACUGAUAAGAAAGCUCUCAAUAGGUCAGGGGAAACAGCCCUUGACACUGCUGAGAAUAUGGGGAACUCUGAAAUGAUGGCCAUUUUACAGCAGCAUGGUGUUCAGAGCGGAAGGGCAAUCAAGCCACCACAGACAAGCAUGGCUCGAGAACUAAAACAGACUGUGAGCGAUAUAAAGCAUAAUGUCCAUUACCAAAUUGAGCAAACCCAAUGCACAAGGAAACACAUGAAAGGGAUUGCCCAUCGGAUCAACAAAAUGCAUACAGAGGGCCUUAACAAUGCAAUCAACUCGACAACUGUUGUUGCUGUCCUCAUUGCUACUGUAGCUUUUGCUGCCAUCUUCACUGUCCCCGGCCAAUAUGUUGAUGACCCUAAUGACAUUGCACCUGGGCUCUCCCUCGGGGAAGCAAAUAUUGCUCAAGGGACUCCUUUCAUGAUCUUCUUCAUCUUCGACUCCAUUGCUCUCUUCAUAUCCCUGGCUGUUGUGGUGGUACAGACUUCAGUUGUAGUAAUAGAGAGCAAAGCCAAGAAACAGAUGAUGGCAGUUAUUAACAAGCUGAUGUGGUUGGCUUGUGUUCUUGUUUCUGUGGCAUUCUUGGCAUUGGCAUUUGUGGUGGUAGGCAGUCAUGAGAGGUGGUUGGCAAUUGGAGUGACAAUGAUAGGGACAAUAAUCAUGGCAACAACACUCUGCACCAUGUGUUACUGGGUAAUAUUGGACAGGAUGGAAGCCUCAAAUUUGAGUAGUAGGAGAUCAUCACAGGGCAGCAGGUCAAGGUCACGAUCACGGUCGUGGUCCGUGUCUGUGACCUCAGAUACAGAGUUCCUUAUCAACACUGAGUGCAAGAAGAUGUAUGCAAUUUGAGUGUGAUCUGCUGGUCAGUAGCCAGUUUUUUUUGGGUCCUGUGUGGUUUCUUAAGUUCUCUUCUAUUACACCACAUGUAAUUUCCUCAAAUAUAUAUUUCUAGAUAGAUCAUGGAUUGACGCUCUGUGGUGUAAAAUAAAUCUUUCAGACAAGCCUAUAGGAGCAUGGGAGGGGACGCCGCACGGUUUGUAAAUAAGAGAGUGGGAGAGGAUGCAUGAUACUGGCAGUAUGGAGAUCAUUUUCCCUUGGGGAUAUAACUUGUAAGUACAGGUUCUCCCUUCCUCCCACAUUGAAGCAAAA